AUGCCGACUGCCCAUGUUGACACCACUGAAGUCGAGGGAACGACCCUCUGGAGUCACUCCAAAACGUUCGCAUUAGUUGGGGCGGUUCUCACUCUUUACUUCUGCGAAUUAAUUAUUUUGGUCGGCGGCGGGACGUUUGCACAACGUGUUGCCGCUGAGAUCGGAGGUGUUGGUCUAACCUCAUGGCCAUCAUUGGCAGUGAUUAUCUUCACCGUUGCUCUUGCAGCGCCGCUUUCCCAGGCUUCAGACUACUGGGGCAGAAAAUGGAUCCUUGUUGUUCCUAAUAUCGGCGGGAUAGCGGGUUCCAUUAUCUCCGCCCGUGCAACUUCAAUGGGAAUGUACAUCGCCGGAUUCUGCGUUGGAGGCAUCGGCUUCGGCUCGCAAGGCCUCAUUUUGGCAGUGGUCUCUGAAGUCCUCCCGCGGCGAUUCCGGUCCUGGGCUCAAGCCUCAGCUAACAUCAUGAAUGCUCUCGGGUCCAUAUUUGCCCUGGCGGUAGGUGGUUACCUGGUCCAAUCUCGUUCAGACGGCUUCCGGAUCUACUUCUACAUCUGUGCCGGUGUCUACGCUGUUGCUGUCCUACUGGUGUUUCUCCUCUACAACCCGCCACCCAGAGAAUUGCAAUUUCUAAGUCUCAGGGAGAAAAUCUCGGCCCUUGACUGGCCUGCAUACUUCUUUCUUGGGACUGGGUGUACUUUGCUCUGUUUGGGACUUCUGUGGGCGGAAAACCCCUAUUCCUGGAAAGAUGCUCAUGUACUCGCACCUCUUCUUACCGGCGUAGCUCUACUCAUUAUCCUGGCUGUCUACGCUACAAGGUUCAAGAAAGACGGCCUGUUCCACCAUGCUCUCUUCCGCUACCGCAACUUUCCAAUUUCGGUCGUCGGCUCUGCUCUCGAGGGGAUGGGCUACAUGACUGCGGCGGUCUUCUUUCCUUAUGCUCUAUCGGUGCUUCAAGCGGGCCAUCUGAGCACUUAUAGGCAAUACUUAUGUCAGAUGGUAGGCUUCUGUGCCUUUGGCGUUGCCUGUUUCCUGUCCGGACUUUACAUCUACAAAACGAAGUCGGUCAGAACAACAGGAGUAGGAACAUUUGUCAUGUUUCUUAUCUUUAUGUGCGUCAUGGCUGGUGUCAACGAAAACACCCCCUCAACCCACUAUUGGGGCUACAUCCUUUUCUACGGCAUGGGUUUGGGCCUGGCGCUCGUCACAUUCUUCACGGCUGCUCAGUUUGCUACGCCACCUGACCUGAUUGCGACCACUUCUGGAAUUUGCACAGGUGUUCGCAGCUUAGGUGGCUCUAUUGGACUCUCCAUUAUUAAUGCCAUAUUUGCCAGUACCCUCACGAGCAACCUUGCACCAAAGGUCACCAAGGCUGUGGUGCCACUAGGCAUCAAUAAUACAGACAUCGGUCCUCUCAUUGGCGCUUUAACCUCUGGAAAUAUGGAAUUGGCACAAAGUAUCCCGGGAAUCAGUCCUGAGAUCAUUGCCGCCGCUGGUCUUGCCAUCAAGCAAGCAUAUGUCCUUUCAUUCAGAAACGUCUUCAUUUGUGGAGCAGUACUCAUGGCUGUGGGCAUCAUAGUCUCGUCCUUCAUGACAAAUCCUCGCUCAGAAUUCAACGCAAAUGUGGAUGCACCGAUCAUUGUCUCGCCGGGAAGUGACCCUGAAGAUGAAUCUAAGGCUGUCCCUGUUCAACACAACGAGAACCAAGAGCUGAGAGAAUGA